CAUCUGAUUGUGUACGUGUGGGGUGAGAAAUCACAACUUAUCGAUGCCUUACACAGAUUGUGUAAAUUCUAGACAGCUAUGAGAGUUAACAAAAUCAAAGCAGAGUGAUGCAAAUAUUAAUCUGAAGAUAGAAGCUCUAUGAGGAAAAAUUCAAACUGAGAGCAGUGCAGAACCGUGGAAGAAUAAACCGCCUGAAGCAUGACCCUGAUUCAGCGCACUGAGAUGCUGCAGCCAAGUGAACUUCAUGCUCUAUUUGGGGAAGAGAAGGAUUAUUCAUGCUCCCUGACUGAAAUUGUUCACCACACAGAGGAGUGUGAGCAGCAUUCUGAAGGUGAGAAUACAGCAGAGAGUAUGUGUGAUUUCAGUUCUCUCUCUGCUUCUAAAUAUGGGCAGCCAUUUGCUGCCUCUCACCUGCAGAGACAGGUAUUCUCCAACCAGGCAUACAAUACCAAACUAGAGGAACUAAAGAGAGAACACCUGAGAAACAUUGCUGAGCUCGAAAAACUCUACCUGAGCAAGCUCACACCUGGCCAGAGAGAAACACAGCUCAUUUCAAGCCGGAAAGAGAGACAGCAGAGCAUUGAUGGAGGAAAUAAGAAAGAUACAGAGAGUGAGCAUGUGGAACCCAUCCAGGUUGGUGGCAAGGUGUCAAUGGGCUGGUUGAAGAAUGGUGUCUCUCAUCUGAAGUUAAAGCAGACUUGUCAGAACUCUUUAGAGGACCACAGAAAAUCAUGUCAUUCUCAGCAGAACUCAUCUCAUAAUGUAGCCAAUCAGGUGAGGGACACAGCACAGGAGCAAUCGGACACCCUUAGACAGAAUUUCAAAGUAACCAUUCCCAAACCGUUUCGUAUGAUGCUCCGUGAGGAGGACCGGAAGCGCCGCAAUGUGAAAACUCGGUCUGAGAUGGAGCUAGAAAAUGAGAGACUGAGGAAAGAGCUGGAUGAGCUGAAAGAAUGUGGCAGGAAGUUUCGAGCUAAGCCGGCCCCCGCCUCCACUCAUAUGCUUCUUUAUGACAUCAUCGAAAAGCGACCAAAUAAGUUCCAGCACCAAAAAAAUCAAAUCAGCCCAAACAAUCUGGGUCACCAUGAAAACCACCACCAACAAGGCACUCAACGCCGUGCACCUCCAAUUCCCCAGCAACCAUUUAGCUUCAUUGAAAGAGAGCGAAAGAAAAGGGAGAAAAAACUAGCUGAUGAGCUAAACAACCUGACGUCCAUUGAAGAACGAAGGGUGUUCAAGGCCAGACCGGUACCGAAGUCUUUAUAUAGGCCCAGCUCACCAAGUUACCAGCUGUAUGGAGCAGUCGGUCUGCACACAAGAGAGCACGAGACUCACAGACACUCAGUACUGACCCCUAGCAUCCUGGAGGACACACUGCAAGAGAGUGACGAUGCUGAGCAUGAGUAUGACGAUGAAUUUCCCAGGCCACAGAACACAGACAAAUCUCUUUGCAACAGCAGCCUCAGGAAAUGGAAGAACAAGGGUGCACUGCAGAUGGAGGUAGAAAUGGAGAGAAAGAGGAAUAGAGACAGAGACUGGUCCUACAUUCAUCCCCUACGCAGGACCAGCCUCUGCCACAGCCAAGAGCUACUGAACACUUGCAAGAGUGAUUAUAUCAGUGUUUAAAUAUGAUGAUCACAGAU